AUGUCGUCUAUAACCAAGGUGCUUCGACUUUGCCAAACCCCCAUUCCUCGUCUACUCUUUACCCUUCUUAUUGUUCUUGUUAAUCACUACCCUAGUCCUCAUUUCAAAGCCCCGGGCCAAAAGAAGGACUACCGUCGGCAGCCAAAUAUACAAGCCAUUCUUGCAAUUUUAAGAGAAUCAAUCGAAAUGAUAGAGGGAACUUUUGCUGUCAACGUCCAUGACUCUCACCUCGGCCUUUUACGCCUCUGCCUCAGGGCCAUUGGCUGUUCCUUUGCGCUUCCUGUCGCCUUGGCUGUGCUCUGCAAGAAGGCUCUGUUCGCAUCACUAGAGAUGAUCUUCCAUGUUCCUAUCCGACUCCGCUGCCUCUUUUCUGCCCGAGCCAGUCAACACCUGGCCAUUGAGAUUCAAAAGCAGGCUCAUCAGUAUGCUAGCCCGAAUGGCUCUAUAGACAGCCUUCCUUCGCUCAUCUCACCCGGUUCGUCGACAUACAGCUCACACAUCGGCGACCUUGACCUCGAUCCCGACGACGACGACGACGACGACAAUGAGCUCCCUUCGCUUCCUUAUAUCCCUCCGACACCCGAGGGCAUCAAGCGGUGGGUCGAACUCUCUGCUGAAGCCCGUCGCAGGGUAGCAGAUGUGCAGCAUGACGGUCUGAACUGGAUGUCAUGCAGUCCGCCCCCGAGUCCCCGUUUGCCGUUGCGUGAUCUGCCAAAGGAGAGAUUGAGAAGAUGGUGGGGUGAAGCUACUGAAGAGGACCGCGCCCGGAUCAAUCGUAUCAGCACUGACGGGUUGAACUGGCGGACGUGGGGUCCUCCUCCCCAGCCCUCCUGUGACGGAGAGCCAGUCGUUUGGUCUGGGAUUGGCCCUUGGGUUGCUGGAAAUGGCGACGAUGGCCUUCCAUACGGAACAUGUGCGACUGGUAGCAGCGAACAGACGUUGCACAAGCCGAUAGUGGACUGGCAGUCACUUGCACAACGACACCCUCAGAAUGGAUUGCCAUCUUGGGAAGAGCUCCCAUCCUCGCAUGAAGUGCUUGAGUAUGCCGUUUCGGAUACAGUUCACGCAAACUUGUUGCUGGUUGUUGCACUCUCCUCGGCAGCAGAGCAAUCUCGGGACGACAGUGAGACAAGCUUUUGUCAAGUAUCGUACAAAUAAAUAGAGCGAAUGUCACACAAGGGAUGAACUGGAUUUACGGAUGGGCCAUGUUGGCUUUUGUGGGCUCCUCGUCUG